AUGCCCCAGCUGCAGAGAACCAGCAGCGCGGGCAGCGACAGCACGGCCACCAGCUUCUCGGCAGGGAGCGGGGGCUCUCGGCCUGCGUCGGCCAGCGGCUCGGCCAGCGGCUCGGCCAGCGGCGACGGCACGCCCGACGUUGCGGCCACGGAGCUGCAGGGCAACUCGCUGCGGAGCUCCCUGCAGAUUGUGUUUAUCAGUUUGACCAUCAUCCUGGUGGCAUCCUUUGGGCUGUGCGUGUUUGUGGGCCACAACUUCAAGACUGGAAGCUUCCCAUGGCUGUGGCCCAUCAAGCUCCUCAAGGUAUUCGUGUCCUUCUUCUUUGAACUGUUCUACGUCUCCUCACUCGGCAUUUUUUGCGUGGCGCUGGACUGCACCUACUACCGAGCGGGGCCCAAGCACAACGAGAAAUUCCCUGACGUCCAGUUCUUCGCCAUGCCACACUUGGCCGCCGUGGUGGUGUCCAUUGCUACCUCCAUGUCGGCAAUGGCAAUGGCAUUUGCCUUGGCUGUGGCCAACAGCGAGCUCAACCCGCUCAAGCAGGAGGUGGCAGGCCAAGCGCACCACAGGUCGGCUGUAAAGCGGUUUGCCCUGAUCUCCACAAUAACCCUGCUGAAUGAAAUCUUCCCAAACAUCCGCUACGUGCCGUUCCGGACAGCCUGGGUGAACGCCCUGCAGGCCAGUUUUUUUGCUUCCCUGAGCUGGGCUUCCCUGGUGAUUGUUCUGAAUGCCUAUCUGUAUCCCAAGCAGACUGUUCAAAUUUUCACGAUCCUCUUGUGGGCCGGCGUGCUGCCCACCGUCGUUGUGGCGUGGUCCCUGGUCUACUACCGACUGCGCUGGGUGCACCAUGUGGCACUGCGGUACCGGGCCUCACUGGCCACCAAACAGCCUGUCGUCCACCGUUUUUUUGACGAGCUCGAGGUGGUAGCGCGCUGCGGCCGCAUCACAGACCACUGGGGCAGCCAAAUCCCCGAGUGGAUUGACACGGCAGAGGCAAUCAUCAAGGCAGGGCUUGAGCAGUUCCCGGACAGCGCCUUCCUCCAUAUCCUCUACUCCUCCUUCCUAAUCGAGGCACGCAAGCAGCAUCAGCUGACCGCACCCGCCAUCUUGCCUGACGCACAGCAUGCCAUGGGUGUGAUGGAACUGGCUCGCAAGAUGGAUCCUGGCCUGGGCGAGUGCUUCAUGCUGUUUGUACGUGAUCGCGAGCAGAAGCAGCGGCAGGGGGCAGGCGGCUGCGAUGACUCCUACGACCUGCUGUCGUAUGUCGAGUUCCAGAAUAGCUACCGAGCGAUCCUGGACUCACAUACUGGUGCACUCAAGGCCAUUCGCAACUUCUGGCGGCAAUUGUGCAGACGCGACGUCAAGUUUGCCGACCUCACUCGCGCCUUCCUCGCUAUGGAUGUCGCCGAAAAGCGGGCUGAGCUGACAUACAGGGCGGUGCUGGACAAGUACCCCUCUUCAAGCAAGCUCAUGCGUGCGUAUGGCCGCUUUUUGGAGGAUGUGCGGUCCAAUCCGUGGGCGGCACAACGCUACUUUGCAGAGGCGGAAUGUUUGGAGGCGGAUGGCCAAGGCGCCCAGGACAACCGCUCGCUCAACCAGAUGGUGGACGAUUCGGCAGAGGCCAUUGUUGUGACCAAUGAAAACGGGAUCAUUAUCUUUUCAAACAAACUUGCGGCAGACAUGUAA